AUGACCCGACAGAUGCACGUCUCACUGUUUCUCCUGCUGCUGUUGUUUCUAUUUGUACAGUUGUGCAGCACGAGUGGAAUCCUCGCCGAGGAGUCUGCUGGAGUUGUGCAGAAUUUGCCCCAGGAGGGGCAGGGCGCAUCAUGGGUGUACACCAUUGUUACAACGAACCGAACGUUUAUCCGCAUAAAUACCUCAACACUGGACUUGACCAAGGAUAAUUACUGCAGUAAGGGCGAAAAAUCGUCGAAGCCAGACUUGAAUGAAGAAGAUGAUCAGUGCCAAGGUCAACUUUUUCUUUCUGAGGAAAUGAAAAAGACUUUUCUCGACACAAUUCUUCCUGCUGCCAUUAAACUACACGCGGAUCGUCUGCUUGUUGACCCUGUGGAAGGUCCGUUGAAGGUUCCUGACUUUGAAGAGGGCAGUGUUUGCAAGAACUUUACUGUUCCUGAUGGUCACCGUAAAGAGGGUGUUGAGAAUGCUGACAUGGUGCUCUAUGUUGCAGCGAGACCAGAAGAAGCGUUUGGUGUUACCUGUGCUUAUGAUGAUAAGUCUGGUCGACCUGUUGCUGGGGCGAUAAAUGUUCAGAUAUAUCCCCUCAAGAUGCAGCGAAAUAAUGUGCGUCGUGUCGCGCAUGAGAUUGCACAUGCACUUGGAUUUGACUAUAAGGUGUUUGAGAAAAAUAAUAUGGUGGCUAAGAUUGAAUCUAAAGGUACAAAGGGGCGUGUGGUGGUGAAGUCAAAUCAAACGAAGAAGAUGGCACAGAAAUAUUAUAACUGCAAUGAACUGGAAGGUUUGGAAUUGGGUUAUGUUGCUAAAGCCCAUACUCCGGCUUGGUCGCACUUGGCCUGGAGAAACACGAAUGAUGACUUGAUGUCCUCUAUGUACUAUUAUGGCGCCAUGCACUACUCUGCUCUAACAAUGUCUGUGUUUGAUGAUCUACCAUUUUACACAGUUAAUUGGGGCAUGGAGGAGUCUAUUACUUGGGGCAACCAGAGUGGGUGCGAGUUGUUUAAAAGUGAAUGCAAAGAUGAGGGUGCCACCAAAUAUCCUGGGAGGUUUUGUGACAUUAACGAAGGUGAGGUUGUUUAUUCAUGUACAAGUGAUCGCCUUGGAUUUGGAAGGUGUAAGGGAGUUCCUGAGGAUCGGUACACCAAAGAGAAUGAGAAAUGCAAUGUUGCCGAAAUGGAACACCCUCCCAGGGGGGAUAAAACGUCUUUACUUUGCAGCGAAAUACCAAUGUUCAAUAUUUCUGGGUCAAUCUUUGAUAUGGAUGAUUCGCUCUGCUUGGAUACAGAAAAGUACAAUGCUGAUGUAGUGAUUGAAGUAAGGGAAAAUCAAAGAGAAACAGGUACGGUGUCUUUAACUGGUAUAUGUGCACAGGUGUCUUGUGAAGAGGGUAAAGUGAGGGUGAUCUACAACGGCAUCAGCGAGUGGCAGAACUGCUCGAAAGAGGGUGAAAUAAUUGAGGUGAAGCCCGCGGGUUUAAACAAUACCAUCACAAUCAAAUGUCCCAAGUACAGUGAAGUGUGUACCAUCCCCACUGAUGGCAGCAGUCUUCUCCCACGGAUUGAACCAAAACGACUGCCAGCACCAGCAAUAACAACAACGACAGAAAAUAAUGAAUCCCAUCAAGAACAAGGGGAGACACCUCAUACAGAAAGUGGGCAUACCAACAAUAAUUCCAGCAGCGUGCCCACACAGAGUGCACAGAGGACACAGAACACCACCGGCGUCAAUGUGUCUACAAAUGACAACGUUACUGUUCCGCCGACGACUGAGGGAAAUAUAAACAAGGAAAAUCUUACAUCUCCACAAGUGAAAGGGGAGCUUAAGAUUCGUAUGGGUAUGGAUGGCACCCCGGCUGCAGCCUGUGUUCUCCACGCUCUAUUUCUGCUGAUGGCUGCUGCUGCUUUGGCUGUGCCUCUGUGA